CCUAUAUGUAAACCUAAUAUAAGAACAGCUGUUCUACGUUAUCAAAUGCUAUCACCGGGUGACGUAACCUUGUCCACUUGCCUUUGCUUCGCUCGUCAAUUAGACCCAAAUACAAAAUUAAUUUUUUUUUUUUGUUAUUACAAACCUAAUUUUGUUUUGUAAUUAUCGUAGAUUAAAAUAUGUUAAAGUUAGUGUCUGUGUUCAGAAAUCAAAUUACAGUACAUGUUUCUCGCCACUCAGGGCGACUUUUGCACGUGGGCGAUGCAGAUGUUUUGUCAUCAUCAGUUGAUAAGACCUCUGAGGAGUUUAAGGAAAAUGACGGCCAAAUGACUAAAUUGGUAAACGAGUUAAAUGAAAUCACUCGGAAUGUGCUGGCAGGGGGUGGACCUACAGCGACCGAGCGUCAUUCUUCGAGAGGCAAACUUUUGGCUAGAGAACGCAUUAAUUUAUUGCUUGACAAAGGUUCAUCGUUUCUAGAGUUAAGCACUUUGGCGGGUUAUAAUCUCUAUGGUAAAGAAAUUGUAAACUCUGGUGGCAUUGUUACUGGCGUUGGCAGAGUAUGUGGUACUGAAUGCGUCGUCGUUGCCAAUGAUGCUACUGUCAAAGGAGGUUCUUACUACCCAAUAACGGUAAAGAAACACUUACGUGCUCAAGAGAUUGCACAAGAAAAUCGUCUGCCCUGUAUAUACUUGGUGGACUCUGGCGGCGCUAAUUUACCACGCCAAGCGGAAGUAUUCCCUGACAAGCUACACUUUGGACGGAUUUUCUAUAAUCAAGCCAACAUGUCCGCUUUAGGUAUACCUCAAAUCGCAGUUGUAAUGGGCAGCUGUACUGCUGGAGGUGCCUACGUUCCUGCAAUGGCCGAUGAGAGUAUUAUCGUAAAACGCCAAGGAACCAUAUUUUUAGCGGGACCACCUUUGGUAAAAGCCGCUACUGGCGAAGAAGUUUCCGCUGAGGACUUGGGUGGAGCUGACUUGCAUUGCAAAACGUCUGGAGUAACUGAUCAUUAUGCUGUUGACGAUGAACAUGCUCUUUAUUUGGCUAGACAAGUUGUCCGAAAUUUGAAUUUGCCAUCAACCAAUGGAUACAAUGAACAAUUAUUAUAUUCAAGUCAAACGGCGAAUAAAGCAAUUCAGUCCACCAACAAAGAAUCGAUCGAGGAACCCAGAUAUGAUCAGCGUGAUUUGUAUGGAAUUGUAGGUACCACGUUAACAAAGAGUUUUGAUGUGCGCGAAGUGAUAGCACGUAUAGUGGAUGGAAGUCGUUUUACAGAAUUUAAGAAACUUUAUGGCGAGACCUUAGUUUGUGGUUUUGCCAAACUUUAUGGUAAUACUAUUGGCAUAAUCGGCAAUAAUGGCGUAUUGUUUUCGGAAAGUGCGCUUAAAGGUGCUCAUUUCAUCCAACUCUGUGCACAACGUAAUAUACCGCUAGUCUUUUUACAAAAUAUCACUGGUUUUAUGGUAGGUCGUGAUGCUGAGGCCCAUGGUAUAGCAAAGAACGGCGCAAAAAUGGUCACUGCUGUAGCCUGUGCGAAUGUGCCUAAAUUUACCGUUAUUAUUGGUGGUUCUUAUGGGGCUGGAAACUACGGAAUGUGUGGGCGUGCGUAUUCACCACGUUUUCUCUACAUGUGGCCAAAUUCACGUAUCUCCGUAAUGGGUGGUACCCAGGCAGCUAAUGUUCUCGCACAAAUAACAGCAGAUCAGCGGAAACGCGCCGGAAAGAGCUUUACCGACGACGAAGCCAACACAUUGAGGGCACCUAUUGUGGAGACAUUCGAAAAAGAAGGUUCACCAUAUUAUAGCUCAGCACGUUUGUGGGACGACGGCAUCAUUGACCCGACUAACACACGUCAAGUAUUGGGAUUAAGUUUAAAAGCGGCUUUAAAUAAUGCGGGCCAACCAACAAGGUUCGGUGUAUUUCGCAUGUAAUGGGGUUAAGAUCUAAAGUUAACACUUGUUGCCUUUUAUUUAGAUACAUUUUGUAUCGGGUUGUGAAUAAUCUUUGAGGAAACUGUUGCAUUUAUUAGAAAUACGAAGUGUUUUUGUAAUUUUUUACCAACUUUUAAAACGUACAUAAUACAUACAAACAUAUUAUUUAUGUAGGUAUAAAA